UUCUCUAAUACAAUUAGUGCGGAAUUGAAACGGUACAGUAUUCCACAAGCAGUUUUUGCUCAGCGGGUGUUGUGUCGUAGCCAGGGUACUUUGUCCGACUUACUUCGGAAUCCGAAACCUUGGAGCAAGCUGAAAUCAGGUCGUGAAACUUUUCGUCGAAUGUGGAAUUGGCUCAAUGAGCCUGAGUAUCAACGUAUGUCCGCGUUGCGGCUAGCAAGUAUGUCUUAUAUACUUUUUAAUAAUUUCGAAAACAAAAGUACUGCUGAUGAACAUUCAUCCAAGAAACCUCGACUCGUCUUCACUGACAUUCAGAGGCGGACUCUACACGCCAUUUUCAAGGAAACGAAAAGACCAAGCAAGGAAAUGCAA